AUGGUUAAUGGUGACGCCCAUCGCGUCGCCAUGGCAACCGGCAACCCCCGCAACAAGGUGGCGCUGGCGCCGGGCCGCUCGCUCAUGGACUGGAUCCGGCUGACGAACAGCGGCGCUGACCUGACGGGCGUGUACAAUGUGAGCCGCUAUGUCGAGUACCACCCGGGCGGCGCUGACGAGCUGAUGCGCGGCGUGGGAGCCGACGCCACCGACCUCUUCGACUCGGUGCACCGCUGGGUUAACUAUGAGGGCAUGCUCAAGAAGUGUCUCGUCGGCAAGUACGUGGGCGAACAGCACUCGGCGCGCGCGCUCAUCAAGCCCGGGCAUGACUGA